CCCAGCCCGCCUCCCCGCCGCGCCCGGACCCGCGCCGCGCCCCGCUCCCCGCGCCGGCGCCGUCCUCCCGCCUCCUCCUUCUCCAGAAAAAGUCGCCAUUUUGGUUCACUGCCUUCGCCCCCCCGCGGUCGGCGCUUCCGGGCCAGGCUGCCGUCCGUGUCCGGCCUCAGGUGACAGAAAUGACUGAAUCCUUCUGUGUUGGAGGAGGCCGCCGGCUUCAAGGAUCCAGCAAAAGUGGAUCUGGAAAGGGUGGCAGCCGGAAGGAGGUCCAGCUUCCCAUGUUGCAGGACCCACCAAAGCUGGGUGUGCCGGUGGUACACAGUGGUCACACAGUGCCUAGCCAGGCCUCACUCUGCUUUGAUCCCGGAAACCCAGCCAAUGACAGGACUGAAGGGAAGAAAAAAGGGAGACCGAAAGCCGAGAACCAAGCUCUCCGAGAUAUUCCUCUCUCCCUAAUGAACCAGUGGAAAGAUGAAUUCAAGGCACACUCAAGAGUGAAGUGUCCAAACUCAGGGUGCUGGCUAGAGUUCCCCAGCAUCUACGGACUCAAGUACCACUAUCAGCGGUGCCAAGGGGUAAGGGGCUCUGGGUCGGGGAAGAGGAGGCCUGGGAGUGCAUCUGGGCAGAGGCCCCCGGGGCCCCAUCCCACACCUGCCCUCCCUGCCCAGGGUGCUAUCUCAGAUAGGCUGGCCUUCCCUUGCCCCUUCUGCGAGGCCGCAUUCACCUCCAAGACCCAGCUGGAGAAGCACCGGAUUUGGAAUCACAUGGACCAUCCCCUGCCUGCCCCCAAGCCUGGCCCAGUCAGCCGGCCGGUCACCAUCAACCGGCCUGUUGGGGUCAGCAAGCCCAUCGGAGUGAGCAAACCUGUGGGAGUCAGCAAACCCAUUGGCAUCAGUAAGCCAGUCACAGUCAGCAGGCCUAUGCCAGUCACCAAGCCUGUCACAGUCAGUAGGCCCAUGCCAGUCUCUAGGCCUGUGCCAGUCACCAAGCCCAUCCCAAUCACCAAACCUGUGCCACUCACCAAACACAUGCCGGUUACCAAACUUGUGACAGUUACAAAACCUGUACCACUCACCAAGCCAGUACCAGUCAGCAGGCCCAUUGUGGUCAGCAAGCCAGUGCCGGUCAGCAGGCCCAUUGCCAUCAGCAGACACACACCACCCUGCAAAAUGGUAUUGCUGACCAAAUCUGAGAACAAAACACCUCGUGCUACAGGCAAGAACAGCAAUAAGAAAAGGGCUGCAGACAGUUUGGAUACCUGCCCCAUCCUGCCCAAGCAGGCAAGGUCAGAGAAUGGAGAGUAUGGCCCAUCCACCAUGGGCCAGAGUGUGACUUUCCAGCUGGGUACAGAUCCCAACAACAGCUCCCUACUGCCAGGAAGCAAGCCCUUGAUGGGCAAAGAGGCACUGCGGCCUGCAGAUCCAGUGUCCCCCCCAGAGGAGGACCCCGAGCGCACAAAGCACAGAAGGAAACAGAAAACACCCAAGAAAUUCACAGGGGAGCAGCCAUCUAUCUCAGGGACCUUUGGGCUCAAAGGCCUGGCCAAAGCUGAAGACAAGGCCCGAGUUCAUCGCUCCAAGAAACAAGAAGGAUCAGGCUCCGAGGAAGUGCGGAAGAAGGUGCUCGCCACCCCUGUCACUGUCAGCAAGGAGGCACCAGCUCCUGUGGCCCACCCAGCCCCAGGUGGGGGCUGCCUGGCAGGACCCAGGACAGGUGGCCCCGAGGAGCAGUGGCAGCGAGCCAUCCAUGAACGGGGGGAGGCUGUCUGCCCUACCUGCAAUGUGGUUACCCGGAAGACCCUCGUGGGGCUCAAAAAGCACAUGGAAGUAUGUCAUAAGUUGCAGGAAGCUCUCAAAUGCCAGCACUGCCGGAAACAGUUCAAGUCCAAGGCUGGCCUCAACUACCACACCAUGGCUGAACACAGUGCCAAGCCCACUGAUGCUGAGGCCUCUGAAGGGGGAGAACAGGAGGAACGAGAGAGGCUUCGAAAGGUGCUGAAGCAGAUGGGACGGCUACGCUGCCCCCAAGAGGGCUGUGGAGCCGCCUUCUCCAGCCUCAUGGGUUAUCAGUACCAUCAGCGGCGCUGUGGGAAGCCACCAUGUGAGGUAGACAGUCCCUCCUUCCCCUGUUCCCACUGUGGCAAGACUUACCGAUCCAAGGCUGGCCAUGACUAUCAUGUACGUUCAGAGCACACAGCCCCGCCCCCUGAGGAGCCCACAGACAAAAUCCCUGAGUCUGGGGACCUGCUUGGAGUAGAACGGACCCCAAGUGGUCGCAUCCGUCGGACGUCGGCCCAGGUUGCCGUGUUCCAUCUACAGGAGAUUGCAGAGGAUGAGCUGGCCCGUGACUGGACCAAACGGCGCAUGAAGGAUGACCUCGUGCCUGAGACUGCACGGCUCAACUACACUCGGCCAGGCCUCCCUACACUUAACCCCCAGCUGCUGGAGGCAUGGAAGAAUGAAGUCAAGGAGAAAGGCCAUGUGAACUGUCCCAAUGAUUGCUGUGAAGCCAUCUACUCCAGUGUGUCCGGCCUCAAGGCCCAUCUUGCCAGCUGCAGCAAGGGGGACCAUCUGGUGGGGAAGUACCGCUGCCUGCUAUGUCCCAAAGAGUUCAGCUCUGAGAGCGGUGUCAAGUACCACAUCCUUAAGACUCAUGCAGAGAACUGGUUUCGGACCUCAGCUGACCCACCUCCUAAACCCAGGAGCCAGGACUCCUUGAUGCCUAGAAAAGAGAAGAAGAAAAGUCUGUCCGGAGGAAAGAAGCGGGGCCGCAAGCCCAAGGAACGGUCCUCCGAGGAGCCAGCAUCUAAACUGCCACCUAACAGGGAUGACUGGCCCCCAGGAGGCAGAGACAGGGGGAGCCGAGGCUCCACUGGGAAGAAGACUGGAGUUGGGAAGGCACCUGAAAAGUGAGCCCAGUGCACAGGGCCUAGCCACCAUGCCCAGCUUUGUCCAAAUUAGGGGAGCCAGUUCCAGACCUGUCCUCCACCUCCACACACACACCCGUCUGUCCAGAGGGUUGGCAAACCACUCUGAUCUCCCUGAAAGUGGUCCUUCCCCCUGUUUAGGCUACUUCACAUGGCUAGGUGGGGCUCCCCGGGAGUGCCAGGGGCAGCAGCAAAAGUGCAAUAGGCUGGGGUGUCCCAGCCAUCCCUACAAGGACAUUCUUGGACCUGGCAGAAUCUAGAACCUUGGCGCCAUGGGGCAUGAAGUGUGCUUGAACAGCCAAAUGGCCCCUAUCUCCACCUCCCUCUGGCCCAGUAGGGUCCCCACUCUGACUUCCUCAAGGCCCAGACAUUCCUGGUGACCCAUAAUUGUGGGCUGACGAGGCACCUGAGCAGCCUGGCUGCCACCACUUAGGCCUCACAUUCACCCGACACUGGAUCUCCAGUACUCCCAGCUACCUCCCAGGACAGACCCUGUCUAGCUACUGCCAUGCUGCCCUGACAGCCACCCGGGUACCCAUCUGUCCUCUCGCAUCCACUUACGACCCCUUGCUUAUGUUUUUCUACCUCUCUGGGCCUGCUCCCCUGCUCUGUCAUCCCUGCUGUGUGUCAGGCCUCACCCCACUGACUGACAUUGUCAUGGUGGAGUAUGUAGCCUUCCAGGCAAGGAAAGAACUCUGUGUUCUACCUUUAGGGAGGCUCAGACCAAUAGCUACCAACCUGAGAGCAAAGGACUAGAAUGCUCCACCUCCAGCCUCUAGUUCUGAUCUUGUUUUUGGCACUCUAAGGGAUUUCUCCUUGGGACCACAGCCAUGGGAAGCGGAGGCUGGCCAGAAGGAGCCUCUAGCCCAAGAGCGCCUAUGAGAGACUGCUUAUGUCUGCCAUGCUUGGCCCAUAAGCCCAGUUCUGUGGAAGCCCUCUUUUUUUCCCCCCUGCUUUAUCUGCCCUCAGUAUCUAGUGGCAGUCAUUUGAUACAGAAACUGAAGGAUAGUGGAAGAUAGGGUCUCAGCUCUAGGCUGGACCCCACCCCUUUAGGGGCCCUGAGGAUAACAGGGUCUGCAGGUUGGGCAAGGCCUGGGAGAGAGAUCUGGCCUCCUUGGUUCUACUUUCUAACUGCCCCACCACUCUGUGAGCCACACCAGAAGAAGGCUGGAGGGGUGAGAACAGGCUUUUUCCAGUGUGGACAGGGUUGGGCUGAGGCCUGUGUUUCUGAUCCUGGAUGAUGUGAAUUUUGAUAUUUGCCCACGUGUGUCUCCUGGAUGUUGUUGAUGCCAGUCUUGUUGCUGUGACAAGUAGCAACCUUUUUAAAUUUUUUUUUAUACAAAACUCAAAAUUUUUAUGUUUUGGUGCUAAGGGUUUCCUGGUGCCGAAGGUAGAGCUGAGCUAUAGUACUAACUGGCACCUGCCCCUUAACCUCAAGGGGGGGGGGUGCCAAGGAGCUUUGGGAUGGAAUCCUUGUACACUCCUGUCUAGGAAAGCUCUGACUCUGAGCAGCCAGCCCUGGCAUGAUAUGCUGGGAUUGUCUAAUGGACUCUUCAGUUCCUACACACCUUUGCCAUGAUGGGAGGGUGGCCGCAGAGGUGGGUAAAUGGGUAGGCUGGGACUUCUGGGUGGUGGUGUGCAAUUGUGGAAGGGAACAGGGCCCAAGUGCACUUUCACAACACUUCCGUGGGGUGUGACCAUCCACCCCAGCCUCUCAGGUACCUGGGUUUGCUGGGGGCUGUUUUCCAGGACAUGCCUCAAAGCCCAGACAUAGGCUUUGAUGUGGGACUCGGGGUUCUAGUAACUUGAUGUUUAGCACUUUAACUCCUUUGUCUUUGAGGUGGGUUUGGGGGCAGCUGUCACGUGGCAGUUGGAUAGGUACCAGCUGGUGGUGGCUGGUAAGGGGUUUUGGCAAGCUAGUCCAUAAAGCUCUCUUCCAAGGUGGUAAGGCCCUCCCUGGGCAGGGUUCAUCAGUUUGCCCACCUCCCUACUCUUGCCUAAAGAUAACCACCAGCCUACACAGACCCUCAGUAAGAGGGGACCAUCAUGGCAGAUCUCCAGGAGAUGAUGGGCUUGGACUUAGAGGCUCAGACAAACCCUCGGUCCUUGGCAAAAUGCAAAAGUCAGGGUCUCCACAGAUCUACCUCUGGCUCAGUGCUUGCCCUGCCCUAAAAAAAUAAAAAUAAAAAACAGAAAAGUGCCAAGGGCAGACAUUUCAUGCAGAACCAGGGUGCACUUUAUGUUCCUAUACAGGCAGAUGUUGGUGCCUCCUGGGGACUUUGGGGCCUUCCUGUCCCUAUGGUGGUUCUGAGUGGAGAGUAGUUCCUGUGUUCCCCUGCUGGGUGGAACCCAGGCCCUUUGCCCUAGAGGCCUGGUUUCCCAGGUCACCCCUCAUACCUGACUGCAGCGCCUCCUAAACUUUGGGUUCCUUGGUUUGGUUUUAAUGCAGUUCUCAUUACACAAGUGCAUUUCUGGCUAUCACUUGUAACCAUAGAUAUACAUGCAUAUAUAUUCUAUCUACAAAGUGUUUUAUUUGCAAGAUGUUUUGAGGUGAGCUUGGGUCCUGCCCGCCUUGUGAUCAUCUGUCCCCAUCCUCAUCCCCUGGCCCGGAGUGGUGCGGUGGUGGGCCGUCAACUGUAUGUAUUAAAAUUACUGUAUCAAAUAAAUGUUUAUUGAUUUUUUUUUCCA